AUGCAUGUUAGCCACCUGGCGCUUCGGGUGACCACUUGCAAGUGUCUCCUGUGGGCACUCCACAGCCAGUUGGUUGUCCAUAUCUCGCAGUGCAAAGGGUCGUUGGCUCAACCUAACAAUUGGUCACCAUACUCCAGUUGUCUGGAGUUCGAGCUAGCUGACUUCCUGUUCACCCACAGCCAGAUGUCUGCAGCCAAUAUUAACGAGUUACUAGAUCUCUGGAAUGCGACACUUCUUGGUGCUGGCAGCCAGCCCAUCUUCAAAGAUAGUGCUGAAAUGUACAAGAUGAUUGAUUGCACUAUACUUGGUGAUGUACAGUGGGAGAAUUUUUGCAUAUCCUAUACCAGCAAACAACCAACUGAUAAUGUCCCAUCAUGGAUGAACGCCACAUACAAUAUUUGGUUCUGGGACCCUAAAGAUGAAUAUGAGAGUGUGAUGGACAAGAGACAGUGGGAGGAUUUCAUGUCUGGUGAUUGGGUGUGGACUCAAGCGGACAUAAUUUCUCGUGAUUCAACCAUGCACAGGUCAACCUUCAUUCCAAUCAUCCUUGGCAGUGACAAGACAACCGUGUCAGUUGCAACCAGUCAAAAUGAUUAUUAUCCCCUCUACCUCUCAAUAGGUAACAUGAGCAACAAAGUUUGUCAUGCACAUCACAAUAGUGUUGCUCUCAUUGCUUUCCUUGCAAUCCCACAUACUGACAAAGAGCAUGUGCCCACCGACACAUUCCAACAAUUCUGCUGCCAACUCUUUCAUUCAUCACUCGCAUAUAUCCUUCGAAAUCUCAAGCCUGCAAUGACCAAACCAACCAUUAUGUGGUUCGGUGAUGGACACUAUCGCCGUGUAAUUUUUGGACUUGGCCCUUAUAUCGCCAAUUAUGAGGAACAAGUCCUUCUGGCAUGUAUUGUGCGAGGGUGGUGUGCAAAAUGUCUUGGGAUGAGGCAGGAACUUGAUACUGAUGCACUUUAUUGGAGUCGCGAACAUGCAGAAGUGCUGAUCAAGGAGUUUGAUCUCAAGACCUUACGGGAUGUGUAUGGCAUUGUGGGUGAUACAAUUCCAUUCACCAGCAGUUUUCCCCAUGCCAAUAUAUACCAACUCAUCGCCCCUGAUAUACUACACCAGAUCAUCAAAGGGACAUUCAAGGAUCAUUUGGUCGAGUGGGUUGAAAGCUAUUUGAAGACCGUGCAUGGCACAACAAAGGCAAAUGCGAUCUUAGAUGAUAUUGACCAGAGAAUUGCAGCCAUUGCACCUUUUGCAGGGCUCCGUCACUUUCCCGAGGGCCAUCAUUUCAAACAGUGGACUGGUAACAACUCAAAGGCACUAAUGAAGGUGUAUCUACCUGCCAUUGAGGGGCAUGUACCAACGGAGAUUGUGCGAACAUUUCGUGCUUUGUUGGAGUUCACAUACCUGGUCUGUCACAAUGUCCUCACUGAAGAAACCUUGGUUGCAGUUCAAGAUACCAUCGACCGCUUUCACAAGUACCAGGAAAUAUUUUGCCAAUCAGGUACCAUUCAAACUUUUUCCUUACCACACCAGCAUGUGAUGAAACACUACCCUGAUCUUAUAUGUUUAUUUGGGGCACCAAAUGGACUUUGCACAUCAAUCACCAAAUCAAAGCAUAUUGAUGUUGUGAAGGACCCGUACUGGUGGACCAAUCAUAACAAGCCACUGGGCCAAAUGCUCAUUAUCAAUCAGCACUUAGAUAAAGAGAACAGCAGUACAUCACAGGUCCUAGGUUCUGGUCCCUGUAACGAAGACAAUGGUGAGGCUGUGGACUGCCCAACAUCCAUAGAGGCGCAUGUUGAACUUGCUCGCACCACCUUGGCUCACAAAAUCAACCUCUUGCAUUCAGAAAUGAAGCAGGCCAGAACCAUGGCAGAUCUUGCAAUUGAGCUUGGUCUAUUGCGUCUCCCUACCAUUCUGGAGGAGUUCCUGCUUCAACAAGCCGACACUGAAGACUACCAUGAUCUCUGUGACAUCUCACUAUCUGAGUGCCCCAUCUAUGGCAACAAAAUCACCGUCAUUAAUUCUGCAGCUGCACUAUUCUAUGUGCCAAGUGAUAUCAGUGGUAUUGGUGGCAUGCGGCAUGAGUAUAUCUGCUCAUGUCAUUCGUGGCAGAACAGGCCACCCCGGUAUGACUGUGCAUUUGUGAAUACUAAUCCAGGGCUGAAGGGGAUGCAUGGUUUGGAUGUCAUGCAUAUCCUUGGGUUUUUUUCCUUUGUUUCCCAAAGCAAGUGUUACCCAUGCGCAGUAGUGCAGUGGUUUGACCAUGUCGGGGAUGACCCAGAUGUGGAUACGGGGAUGUGGAUCGUACACCUGGCCCUUACUGCAAAUCGUCACCUGGCCACCGCUGUCAUACAUGUAGACACCAUAUAUUGUGCAGCACACCUCGUCCCCUUGUAUGGCACCCACCCCAUUCCCAGAACCAUAAAGCUGCAUCAUUCUUACAACACAUUUACCACCUUCUACAUGAACAGAUUUAUUGAUCAUCAUGCAUUUUCACUUUUAUCAGAUCCAUACUUGUAG